GUACAAACCAAUGGUGUGAACCAUAUUGAAGCAGCAAUUCCCCAUCGGCAAUUAUACAGCCACUAGUAUAAUAGAAUCUUACAUUUUCCCACUCGAUCGUUAUAAUUUACUUAAUUGUACUUUUUAUAGUUUUUACUGGGACAUAAUCACGGACACACUGCUUAUAUAAUCCAAGAAAAUGAAGCGUUCUUUGGAAGAAGGUACGCCAGAUGGCGCUGUACCAGAGGUAUAUGGCGACGCAGUAGACACACAGGCACUAUCGUUGUAUAUGCACGAUUUCGACGCAGUCCAGAAGGUUCUAUUAGAAAUUGAUGAAGAAUGUGCUGUUAAACAGAUUGAACUGCAGCGUGAGUAUGAUCGCAAGAAACAACCACAUUUCAAAAAAAGACAGGAAAUAAUUGAUAAGAUUCCAGGAUUCUGGGCAAAGGCUAUUUCUCACCACCCAGCAUUGAGUUACCUCACCACCGCUGACGCACCUAUAUUGGAAUUGCUACAAAAGAUAGAUCUUGAAGAUAAUAUCGAUAAUAAUGGAUCGUACAAAGUGACGCUCACAUUUACCGAAGAAGCUCGCGAGUACAUGGAGCCCCUAGUGCUAACCAAACACAUAGUGUUCACUAACGACAAGGAUGACGUAGUGGAAUGCACGAAGAUUGAGUGGAAAGAGGGUAAAAGCCCAAUCGAAGUUGCACAAAAAGCAAGAUCUGAUGAAAGGUGCAUCGACUGGUCAUUAUUUGAAUGGUUCACGACGGAAGAAUGGGUCAAUCGACCAGAUUUCGGUGAGAUUUUGAGGAGAGAGUUGUGGCAUGCUCCAUUGGCCUACUACCUAGAUACCGUCUCCGUCGAUUUCGCAGACGAUGACUACGGUAUUUUGGACGACGAUGAAGAAUGAAC